UCAAGAACCAACAACAGCAGAUUUCUUUAUUUUUAUGAUGACGGAUAUAUGUGAAAUUUACACAAAUUGUUCUCUUAAAAAGUUUAUAAUCUUUUAACAAACAAUGUAGUUCCGGUCUUGCGUGGAUUCAUUUCCGGUUACAAAAAUUUUAACUUUUUGAAAACUUUCCCUUUAUACUCAUGAAAGUAUGAAAUUAGGUCUAUAUUGGGCUCAAUUGAGCAUCGUUAUAUUGCUUGCCUGUAUAUUUAAAAUAUGUGAAUGCAUAGAAGCAGAUUUCACUGUAGUUGUGAAGGCAGCAGGUCGGGAGUGUUUUUACCAACAUGUCAAUGAAGGAGUCAACAUCGAGCUUGAAUAUCAGGUAGUGGAAGGUGGUGACCUUGACAUCAACUUUGUCCUGUCAUCUCCAUCAGGCAAAGUCAUACUAACAGAAAUAAGACGUACAGAUGGUAUACACAGGCACGAGUCAACCGAAACAGGGGAGUACACACUAUGUCUCGACAACACAUUUAGUCGAUUUUCUCAGAAGCUGGUUUUCUUUGAACUGAUAACAGAUGAGGAGUCGGAAGAUGAACUUCAAAGCUGGGAUGAACUUACAGGAGCAGAGGAGCUGAUGGAGGUUAAGCUAGAAGUAUUCAAGGAAAAAAUGGAUAUCUUAAAAAAGAACUUACAAAAAACAGAGCAGCUACAAAAUAUAUUCAAGAUAUACGAGGCCCAAGAUCGCUCAAUUAUGGAGGACAAUUUCAUGCGUGUCAACACCUGGUCAGGAAUCAACCUGGCAGUUAUGAUAACAGUUGGCGUUAUACAAGUGCUCAUGAUUAGGAACCUAUUUGAAGAUAAGAGUAAAGUCUCCCAAGUACUUAAAAUGAAAACAUAGUACUACCAUGAAUGAGGGUUAAUAUAUUAUAUGCGUUAGGGAGUAAUUAGUUUAGAAAUUAGUUCUUAUUAGUAAUCUGAAUUGCCAGUAGGGGAGAAAUCUGAGAUUUCAAACCUAGAGAUGAUUUAUAAAUUGUAUCUUUUAUGUCACCACCGAAAGUGGUGACUUAUUGUUAUGCUCUUCAACUUUUUUUGUGAUGGUGGUUGGCAUCUGACAUUCGGCAUCUGUAACAAAUGGUAGGUGGUGACAUUUUGCAUGUUAAUGCCAUAUUUAAGGUUAUACUAAACAAAUCUUCUAAUU